UUAUUUGACUGUUAUUAACGGUGAGAAGGCUUACAUUUACAGUUUCUAACAUCUUUCAUCAACCAAUCACACAUUCUGUCAAGUUUUUGUAUGAGACAAUAUCUUUGCUUUGAAACCUGAGUUCAAUGGUUCAGAUGAGUUGCGACGUUUUACAGAUCCAGCAGUGGCUCCGCCCCUACCUGUCCCCUGGUUUCCUGUCCGUCCACCUGUCCGGAGUCCCCAUGGAGAUCAGAGACUUGUUGCGGUUCAGACACUGCGGCAGGACCGUCUACACGCUGGACGGUCCGGCGGGACUUUGGUGCCCGGUGUGCGGCCUGGCGGUGCGACUCGGCCUGAUGGAGGCACCGGUCCGGAUUCAGAUUCCGGUAGGAGACGGACACCGGGCGGCCUGCUGCUUCCUCAUCACGUCUCGGCACGGAGUGGCUGGGUUCAGUGAAGAGAAGGAGUCUGAGCUUCAUGUUGGCAUCUCCAACUCUGAAGGUGUGGUAUUUAGUUAUACAGAGUCGGGAGUUCAGUGUCAGCAGCAGGGAUGGGAGCAAAGUAUCAUUGUCCCUUUAAUUGACCCCAGCAACGACAGCCUCAGUUUCAGGAAGCUGUGGGACAAACAGCUGGAGACCUACAGUCAUCUGAACACCUGGACAGCAGACAGGUUUCAGGAGGAGAGGGAGUUUGGGUCUUGUUGCUAUGGUUUCGCUCUGAGCUUCAUCAACCAUGUGAUGAGGGCAGAGGGCAGGAGAACAAUCAGCAGUGAGUGUUUCACCUCUCAGUACAUCCUUCCCAGGAUGGAGAUGACCUCCAGGUAUCUGUCAGUGUACCAGCACGUCCGUCAGCAUGGACACUACAGCACUGCAGAGUAGGAUGGUCCCUGAAGUACCCACCUGCUUGGUCUAUUUGCUGGAAACUGCCAAGGUGGUUUUGCCUCUUUAAUAGAACACUCAGAUCUCCCAGGGUCCUUGAAUGGUUUGGUGCAUUAGAUGGAAACACUCAAGUCUCCCAGGCCCCCCUGAACUACCUGCUGGUCUGGUGUAUUAUCUGAAACACUCAGGUCUCCCUGAACUACUCUCUGGCUUUGUGUUUUUGCUGGGAUUGCUGGGACAACUCUCUGCAGAGAGUACAGAUAUUUAACAUACACAGUAUUUAUAUUUGAUCCAGAUUGUUUUUGUCAUUUAACAACAAUGAAACAGUGAGGAAAUAUUCAUUGUGAUGGUAAAAUCUGCUUCAUCAGGAUGUACAGUUGUGUAGCAUGUAGAUACUGCUGAUCACGUUGAGUGAACCUUCAGCAGAACAUUAAGUAAAAAUCUGAGGUCUGAAAAUAAAAACAAGAAAUGUUAAGUUGAA